AUGACUACUCGAUCGGUUCCAAGUAUCUUCCAAGAAUUUGAAACCCAUUACGGACCCCGUGUUCGAAAACUGGCAAGUGAAUUCGUUCGAUUGGCGGGCCUUGAAGCGAACUGGGAGAACCAUCGCGUUUUCAACAUGAGAUGUCUUAAGACUAAUCUGAUCCCCAAAUAUCUCACAGUGAAACCUCCGGACAGUACGUAUACCUCUGCAAGGAUUGCCUUUAAUGCUUCCAAGGCGUUUCUGAAACAGCGGAUUUACCUUGUGACCAAACGUUUAAGCGAGAUCCGUAUUGAUGCGAGUCGGCUGAGCUUGGAUCUACAGACCGCCAUAACGCCUCUCGACUACAACCGACUUUUCAACAAGGCUUCAGAUGUCAAAUUGAAACAAGGGCAGGAUGCAAAGAAAAGACAAACGCGUGAGUUCGAGCGUUUAAUGUCUGUGCAUCCCAGUGCUACCGGUCCUACUGACAGUUCUGGGUCUAUUAAUACAUAUUGUAAUGUUGUUAAUAUGUCAGAUAGGGUUUUGAAUGUAACGGAAUGUAGAUUGUUAGAGAAAGGUUUGACAUUUACCAUUAAUAAAUCUAAGAUAUAUGCGGAAGAGAUUAUCCCAAGCAUUGAGAGCGCGGUGACAAAGUUGCCCGCUACGAAGGCAGAGAAUCUUCGGGCACAGUUAGUAAAUAUCAUUAAGUUUCAGCAACCGGGUGAGCCAAAUCUUCCGAAAACUGAACGUAUAGCAUUAAAUUCCCUAAAGGAAGAUCACAGUAUUGUACUUACAAAGGCUGACAAGGGAAAAACCCUAGUUGUAAUGAAUAGGUCAGAAUACUUGGAAAAAUUGGGACAACAUUUGGAGACGGGUCCAUAUAGAGUAGUUGUUGAUAAGACCGUGGCGUCGGUAAUGAAUAAGAGUAAAACGGAGGUUGGUAACUAUUUAAGAACCGUGAAGGACGAUUUAGGGGUAGGCAAGUGGUACAGUCUAUACCCAAAAUCGACUAUACCUCCGAGGAUUUAUGGCUUGCCAAAAGUUCACAAGCCCGAAGUUCCCGUACGGCCCAUAGUCGACGGUAUAGGCUCUCCGACCCAUGAACUUGCGAGACAUUUGGCAAGGCUAUUGCAGCCUCUAACAGGGCGAACGAGUACAUUCGUGAAAAACUCUUAUGAUUUCGCUCAAAAGAUAGCAAAUCUCCAAAUUGAGUCAGAUGAGUUAAUGGUCAGCUUUGAUGGCACAUCACUUUUCACAAAUGUACCUAAAGAGGAGUCGCUAGGAAUAGCGAGACGUCGUCUGAAUGAAGAUGUCACUCUGAAUGAUCGGACGAAACUAACAGUUAGCCAGAUAAUCGAGGGUAUGACAGUGUGUCUUAACAUGUCUAACUUCGUUUUUCAGUCAAAGCUUUACAGUCAGGAACAAGGUCUCGCCAUGGGAUCGCCAAUAUCCCCGGUACUGGCGAACCUGUAUAUGGAAGAAUUCGAGAACAGGGCGUUAACAAACAACAUUAACUCACCCAAAGUUUGGUGGCGUUAUGUAGACGACACCUUUGUACUUGUUAAACGGGAUAAGAAGGACGAGUUACUUGAUCACUUAAACUCCAUUGAUGAGAGAAUACAGUUUACUAUUGAGUUAGAAUCUUGUAGCGGCACAAUACCGUUUCUUGACUGCCUGGUUCACAGGAAUGGGGGAAAUUUAAAGACGACAAUAUAUCGCAAGCCAACGGAUACUGAUGGCGUACUCCACUACACCUCGGGUCAUCCGAAACAGGUUUACGCUGGGAUAGCCUCAGCGCUUUUCUACAGGGCACAAACCUUGUGCACAAUGGAGGAGGACAAAAAGGCUGCGCGGAAAGUGGCAAUGGGCAAACUAUUAGAAAGUGGUUACCCAAGACGGCUAGUUAAACGCCAAUUACAUAAAGUGCUACACCGGCAGUCAAGACCCCCAGCCGAGUGGAUAGGGACGGUCGGAAUUCCGUACAAGGAAGGCACUUCGGAGGGUAUUAAACAAGGAAAAUAUAAGGGUGAUCUUUCACCGAGGUCGAACGUUACGUUCGGCGCUGGUACACCUGAAGGACCCGCUUCCCAAGGAUAGGACGACUAACUGUGUUUAUAAAAUUAAAUGUAAGGACUGUGCACAUGU